CGACGAGCCAUCUGAUAUAAUGAUGUUCGCCCAAUGCAAUGUUCACCCUUGCAGGAUUCCCGAGUCGUGUCCACUCGAAUUGAUGUCUUCCCCACACCGGCCCUGGCGUUCCGGUGCACGGAUCCCUGACCUAAACGUCGCAAGACCGCUGGACGUGACGAAUAACGACACGGCGCAACUUCAUCUACAAUCGCCAUUAACGACACAUCGAGUCAAUUGCCCUACAAUCUUCUGCCUACCAUGUCGAACGCGUCCUCAAGCUUGCCGCCAGAUCUAUUCGACCAAACAACCCUCGUCUCCCUGGCCGCAACUGUCGUCCUUUUGUCUGUCGCCAUUGCCGUCUCCCGCCGAGUCCUUCACCCCGCCACAUCGACGAGCUAUCGCGUGCUCUUCGUUUGGCAUGCCUUCGAUGCAUUGAUCCACUUCUUCCUUGAGGGCAGCUUCCUUUACCAUUGCUUCUUCUCCUACAUCCCACUCGCCGACGUGCCCGACGCUGACCUCAGCGGUUUCCACCCGACCCCGGCCAACUUCCUCGGUCACUCGGAUCGCAUCUAUGGUUCCCAGGCGGCCGGAAACAAUCCCUUUGCGCAGCUAUGGAUGGUGUAUGCACGCGCUGAUAAGAGAUGGGCUGGUGCGGAUUUGGGCGUGAUUUCGCUGGAGCUUUUGACCGUAUUCGGCGCCGGGCCGCUGGCCGUAUGGAUUUGCUACAGCAUUGCUAAGCGGGAUCCUAAGGCCAACAUCUGGAUGAUUGUCAUCGCGACGGCAGAGCUUUAUGGCGGAUUCAUGACCUUCUGCCCCGAAUGGUUGACCGGCAACAUCUACUUGGACACGAGCAACUUCAUGUACCUUUGGGUGUACCUUGUCUUCUUCAACAUGUUGUGGGUUUUCAUCCCCAUCUAUGCAAUCUACGUUGCAUAUGGGGAGAUUUCUGCUGCUUUCAAGGCCCAGGGCGUUAGGAAGAACCUCUGAGCGUAUAUUUGAGGCCCAGGAAGCUAUUCGUGCACUAUCUAAAGUCAGUCGUCACCCAACUGCGCUUGUCGUAGCGUUUGAUCAAAGCCAAGUGCGUAUUUUCGACUUUGAACUUCUCUCAUCUUUCCUACUUGGUAGCUAUGUAGCCUUAUAUUGAAAGCUCGUAUGAUUACUCCGAA